CAUUUUGGUAUCAAUUUAUGCGUUUAAAUUAUUUUUUUUGUCGUGCACCGCUUAUUCAGCGAAACUAUGGAUGACCAGAUAAUUGUUACACCAACUAAGAAAAAUCCAAAGGGAAAGUUUGUUUCAUCAAGUCAAAAAAUUAUGAUUAUCAACGCCUACAAGAUGGAGUUGAAAAACAAUCCGAACAUUUCGAUCAGGGAAUGUCGGAUAACUCUUUCCAAACAACUUGGCAUUGGGCAACGAACAAUUUCGAGCACAUAAGUGAGUACAAUACCUCAAAAACUGUAACAUCUCCAAACAGAAAACGCUGUAAGAAAUCGUUUAAAGACGCGUUCGACGAUUUACAUAGAAACACUGUGCGUCGUCAUGUACACUCCUUUUGGUUCAACAAAACAGUUCCUACAUUGGCCAAAAUAUACAGAGUUGUGAAAGACGACGAUAGCUUACCUUAUAUUUCAGAAACAAAUUUAUAUCGUCUUUUAAUAAACAUGGAUUUCGAAUAUACCAAACGAGCCCGAAAUAGUGCCCUUGUCGAAAAAGACGAAAUAGUUGUAUGGCGACAACAGUACCUGGAGGAUAUACAAAAAUAUCGUGAAGAAGGGAGACAUCUGUACUACUUGGACGAAACUUGGGUCAAUGCCGGAGAAUGUACCAACAAAAUAUGGGUAGACAAGACCGUUAAAUCGUGCCAUGAUGAUUUUGUUCGGGGCCUAACAUCGGGAGCGAAAAAUCCAACCGGGAAAGGCAAACGACUGAUUAUUUUGCACAUAGGAUCGGAAGACGGAUUUGUACCAGGUGGACUCCUAUGUUUUGAAUCAAAAAAAAACACAAAUGAUUAUCAUGAUGAGAUGAAUGGUGACACAUUUUCAGAAUGGAUGCAAAGUAUAUUACCGCGACUAAAAGAAAACUGUGUCAUCAUUAUGGAUAACGCAUCAUAUCAAAGGUCAAGUAAUCGACAAGCCUAUGGUAAUUCCUCGACUACUUAAAAUGGUAGAGAAAAUCAGACCAAUGCACGAAAAAUACGUUAUAGACGAAAUGGCCAAAGAACACAACCGCACCAUCUUAAGACUCCCGCCAUAUCAUUGUGAGCUAAAUCCAAUAGAGCUUGGUCAUCAGUCAAACACCACGUCAAAAUAAAUAAUACCAGCUACAAAUUAGGUGAUGUAAAAAACUUGUUGUUGGAAGGUAUCGAACGAGUAGAUGCCAAUAUGUGGAAAAAUUUCAUUAGUCAUACCAAGAAAAUUGAAAAAAAAUUUUACGACAUGGAUUUCAUUGUUGACGAAAUGCUGUCCGCAGAAGUAGAACCUGUCAUCAUUAAUAUUGGUAAUUCCUCUA